AUGGACCCCGUGAGUCAGCUGGCCUCCGCGGGCACGUUCCGGGCGCUGAAGGAGCCCCUUGCCUUCCUGCGAGCCCUGGAACUGCUUUUUGCAAUCUUUGCAUUUGCAACAUGUGGUGGCUAUUCUGGAGGCCUGCGGCUGAGUGUGGACUGUGUCAACAAGACGGAAAGUAACCUCAGCAUUGACAUAGCAUUUGCCUACCCAUUCAGGUUGCACCAGGUGACCUUUGAGGUGCCCACCUGCGAGGGGAAGGAGCGGCAGAAGCUGGCUCUGACUGGUGACUCCUCGUCUUCUGCUGAGUUCUUCGUCACGGUCGCUGUCUUCGCCUUCCUCUACUCCCUGGCCGCCACCGUCGUUUACAUUUUCUUCCAGAACAAGUAUCGGGAGAACAACCAGGGCCCACUCAUCGACUUCGUCGUCACCGUAGUCUUUUCAUUCUUGUGGUUGGUGGGUUCAUCAGCUUGGGCGAAAGGACUGUCUGAUGUCAAGGUCGCGACGGAUCCCAAGGAAGUCUUGUUACUGAUGUCAGCUUGCAAACAGCCGUCCAACAAAUGCAUGGCGGUCCACAGCCCUGUAAUGUCCAGCUUAAACACUUCCGUGGUCUUUGGGUUCUUGAACUUUAUCCUCUGGGCUGGAAACAUCUGGUUUGUUUUCAAGGAGACCGGCUGGCAUUCCUCAGGACAGAGGUAUCUUUCAGACCCGAUGGAGAAGCACUCAAGCAGCUAUAACCACGGCGGCUACAACCAAGACAGCUAUGGGUCAAGUGGUGGGUAUGGGCAGCAGGCAAGCUUGGGGCCAUCCUCCGAUGAGUUUGGCCAACAGUCCAGUGGCCCAGCUUCUUUUACCAAUCAGAUUUAA